AUGGGGAAGAGCAAGGGAAAGAAGAAGUCAAGCAAGGGGAGGACUGGAGCAGGCCGGCAGAGGGAGGCUGAUUUGGGGAUCUUCGGCCAGCAAGCUCCCCUUGAAGCUGAGAAUCAAGCUCCAGCUGCAUUUGUUCCGCCUCUGAUCAGGCACCGCGGUCAAGCCAUCUUUAAAGUCACCGGGGAAUCCUACAGCGACAACGGCGACGACAGCGAUUGCGACAACGGCGAGCCCUGCCCAACCUGCCGCAAGGUGAACUGCAAGUACAAGGCCGCAAGCGAGGAACACCACCGUAUACUCGAACAAGUCUUACAGAUCGGCAGAAGGGGGACCCAAACAGAGUCAGGAUCAGGACCUAGUAGAGCAGGUGGCGGACCCCUUGUAGUUGCGGUUGAGCCAGAAGUAGCCGAGGAGCUGUUAGCUUCCAGAUCUAUCACUCUUACGCUCCCCUCCGCUGCCGAGAUCCAGUCGAGUGCCGGGCCACCUCCCGUCAAGAUUGAAUACGACGGCGGAACCGUUGACGGUACGGAGGGAUACAUCCACAGCAAUAGCGAUAGCAACAUCAACGGUAAUCAGAAAGGAGGCUCCUCGGCUCAGCACUCAUUCGGAGACGGCGUCGGUCCGUCUAGACAAGGAAGUACCCCGCCACCGCCGACCCCACUACAUCUGGUAAGACAGCUGUCCCCCACCCCAGCAGCACCAGCAGCAGCAAAGCAGAAGCAGAAGCAGAGACAAGCCCUGCACGAGCGCCUCCUGCCAUCGCUCCACCGAGAUCCAGUCUCUGCUCAGGACAUCUUUGACCGCGCCGUCUACAACUUCACAGACCACUUCCAGCUCGACGACGAUACCUGGACCGCCGACCUCUUUACGGCUCUGGUCGAUCACUGUGUGCGCCUCGACUCGGCAACCCCGCCGUCGCACCCCUCACCGUCACCAUCAUCCUCUGACGACGAAAACGAAAACGACGAGCGCGACCCCUCGACAGAUCAGUAG